AUGGUAACUCGCUACGUGCCGCCGCCGCGGAAGCUGAGCACCGGGGUGAGCUUCGGCGCGGCGCACUUCGCCGAGACCUCCUACUACUUCGAGGGAGGGCUGCGCAAGAAUAAUGAUUUUCUCAGGAAUACGGUGCAUCGCCACGAGCCACCGGUCACUGCCCAGCCUAUCCAGAUCUUGGUGGAGGACGAUGAGGUGGUGGUUGUGGACAAACCCUCCUCUUUGCCAGUACAUCCCUGCGGCAGGUUUCGUCACAACACAGUCAUCUUCAUCCUAGGCAAAGAGCAUGAUCUGAAGGAGCUGCACACCAUUCACCGACUUGAUCGCAUGACCUCGGGAGUACUUAUGUUUGCCAAGACCGCAGAGGUGUCCAAGAGGAUUGACGAGCAGGUUCGGGAGAGGCAGCUGGAAAAGGAGUAUGUCUGUCGUGUGGUGGGGGAGUUUCCAGAACACGAGGUGGUCUGUGAAGAGCCCAUACUGGUUGUUUCUUACAAAGUGGGAGUGUGCCGCGUGGACCCCAAAGGGAAGUUCUGCAAAACCAUCUUCCAGAGACUCAGUUACAACGGGAAGACCAGCGUAGUCAAGUGUCUGCCCCGUACUGGCCGCAUGCACCAGAUCCGGGUCCAUUUGCAGUAUUUGGGGCAUCCUAUCGUCAACGACCCCAUCUAUAAUAUGGAAGCCUGGGGCCCCGACAGGGGGAAAGGUGGCAAGAUCGAUAAAACGGAUGAAGAACUCCUUAAAGCUCUAGUAAAGGAGCAUUGUUCCAAACAGAGCCUGGAUAUCUUGGGUAUUUCGGAGGAGGACUUGAACUCCAGUGCUGAAAAUAAAGACUGUGGUAAUUCAAGUGACCGCACGCAGUCUGUGCCGGCUGAUCCUAUAAAUGAGAACUCUUGCCCUGCCGAGGACACUAAGGAUCCCGAGAGAACUGACAUAGCAGCUUGUCCACUGACCUCUGAUAGCAACCUGGAAACGCUUGAAAAAACGAAAGAACUGGGUUCAUGUGAGAAUCAGGAUGGGCAAACGGGAGAAAAGAGUUCAGAAGAGAAGGACCCUUUAUGCGUGGAGUGUAAAAUUACAAGGCAGGACCCAUCUCCCAAGGAGCUGGUGAUGUACCUGCACGCCUUGCGCUAUAAGGGAGCGGAGUUUGAGUAUUGCUCCAAGAUGCCCGAGUGGGCAAUGGAAGACUGGGAGGAAUGA